UUUUUCUUUUUUAGAUGUUUCCACUACAGGAAGACAGACGUAAGGAAAGCCUCCAUCAGACUCUUCAUAGUGGUUGUCUUCUGGCUGAUCUUCACUGCUCUCAUGGUUUCCUAUGGAAAGAUCGGCCAGAAGCUCCUAAAGAGAUCCCAUCAGAAUUCAAAUCUGCCUAAUGCGUCCCACUACAGCCGAAUCGCCAGGAAGUCCUUCUUCAUCCUGUUCGUGUUCAUCGUCUGCUUCGUUCCGUACCACAUUUUCCGAGGGUUUUACAUAAAAACCCAGAUCACAGAGAGCAGCUGUUACUGGAGGAACCUGGCUGAUAAAUUCAAUGAGAUUUCUCUGGUCUUCUCUGCUUUGAACAGCUGCCUGGACCCCAUCAUGUUCUUUCUGCUGUCCGCCUCAGUGAGGAGGGAGGUGCGGCGCUUCAUGAACAGCAUGUUUCGAACCCGGGUCAGCAGUGAAGCCAGUGGGGGGAACACCACCUCAGAACUAGACAGCAGGAGACCUUCAAAGGACCCCAUGGUCAGAAACCUCACUGAGAGGGAAGAACGUUCAUGCAGCUCUAACUGAGCCCAGAGACGGCUCAGGGUGGUCCACCUUUGACCUGAAGACACCAUGGGGUCACCAUGGACAAGUCCAAAGGACAGGGUCACCAUGGACAAGUCCAAAGGACAGGGCCACCACGGACAAGUCCAAAGGACAGGGCCACCACGG